CAUGCUCGGAGCCCGCCCCGCUGCCCGCCGCCGCCUGUCCCUGCUCGGCAGCCGUAGCGGCGCGGGGCCGGCGGCAUGUUCCGCAUCGAGGGGCUGGGGCCCAAGAUGGACCCGGAGGAGCUGCGGCGGAAGAUGCGCCGCGACGUCCUCGCCUCCGUGCGCAACUUCCUCAUCUACGUGGCGCUGCUGCGGAUCACUCCUGUCAUCCUGAAGAAGCUGGACAGUGUAUGAACAGCGUGCGAGCGCAAAGAAGACGCGGCUUCUGCAGACGUGAAAUGAACUGUAGCUGCUUUCCCUUUCGUGUUAAUUAAACGCUGUGCGAGAGACAGGCAUGCAGUCCUAAAUGGUGUU